AGAAAUAUUACUUCGUUACCAAAAUUGGAAAUGAAAUUAAACAAAGCAAAAAAAAAAAGGAAUAUAGGCGACCAGGCAGAAAACUGAAACGAAAUGAUAGUCACGUUGAGAAUGGUUGCUCAGGCUCACCUUCACCUUGCUGUCCAUUCAUAUUUACUGACAUGUCAGUCAGCCUAAUUAUUGUAUAAUUAAUUAUUUAGCAUUUAAUUAUUUAUAUGAUUGCGUGAUUAGUGCGCGCCUUUACAGAAUUCGAACAUUAUUAUGGCUGCUACUCAAACACUUCCGGGUCAUUUCACUCAGGACCGUUGCCAAGCAAAAUAAAGAUUAUUGGCCCGCAGUCUAAACUGUCAAAAUGACAAGAAUGGAGAGCCUGAACUCUUUUUUCAUGGAGAGAUUGAUAUCGGUGGCCGGAGAGAUAUUUGAAGCGGUUAAACUCGCUGUUUCUGAAUACCAGGACGAGAUAAAGCGGAUCAAACAAGAGAACUUCCGUCUGAGGGAAAAACUGACUGAAUUAAGCUGUGAGGAGCAAACGGAAGGUUGUCUUGCUGAUUCUCCAGAGCAGCAGGCCUUGGAUUCUGAGAUUUCAGUAACACACAUGAAGCUGGAGCUCACGUCCAUAAAACAGGAAGCUGGGCCACAUCAAACAACUGAUGGAUCAUCCCUCAAUGACAAGAAUGCCCACGACACACAGCCUAGCCAUGUAGAUGGACUUCUUCCAGUACAUCAAAACUCCAGCUCGGAGCUGCACGAUUCCGAAGCCUCACUAACACGAGUGAAAUUGGAGCUCGCCCCCACAGAAGAAGGAGCAUUGCAUCAAGAGGACUUCCAAACCGAGAACCUUUCGCAUGGACCCGAGAUGUCUCAACCAAUCUUUCUGGACGCGGAGAGAAAACGUCAUGACCAUCUCCAAGGAAAUUCCUUCAUCACAGCCCAGUUUGAGUCAUGUGACCAACAGGUCAGCCAGAACAACACGAGAUCAGCUGCAGCUCACAAUCAAAGAGUACAAGAAAAUCAUUUCGUUACUGUGAAACUGGAACCGGGCGACUGGUUCAGUCCUUACUGUGAACAAAUAUCUGGAAAAGGCUUCAGAGCAAAAGCACACUCCCAAAAGUUUUCAGCCAAUAAAUCGUUCGUGUGUGACCGAUGCGGUAGUUUGUACCGAAGUGCCUGGUUGUUAAAGAAGCACUUGGUUACAGAUCACAUGGAAAAGCCCUGUAGGUGUGACCUGUGUGGAAAGUGCUGCUACGACGUGCAAAUGCUUAAAGUCCAUCUCAAAACGCACAGCACCGAGAGACCGUUUCAGUGCACCGUGUGCAGUAAAACGUACAAAACGAAAAGUCAUUUGAAAGAUCACGUAAGGACGCACACGGGUGACAAACGCUACAGCUGCUCAGCAUGCGGCAUGGGCUUUUUUUGGACCAAUCAGGUCAAGGUGCACAUCCAGAAUCAUCACCGUGGUCAGAUGGCUACAGUUCUAAAGAAAUCAGUGAAACCAACUUGCAAAUAAGAGACUGUUUUGAAUUGUGUAUAAUUUGUCUCGACACUGUUUUAAGCAUUUAACUAAAGCUUACGUUCAUGUGGUGUUUGUUUAGUGAAAUGUUUUUAUUACACUGGAUAUCAAGCUGUUUUAUGCCAAACCAAGAACACAAUCGAAGCCAUAUCUUGGACAUUCGUACUUUUUCAACACAUUUCUGUAACUGCCAGUUCUCUGCUCAGCUGUUUCUGAUUUUUAACCAAAGAAAUCAUAUCGUACUCCAAAUAUACAACAGAAUUUGACUCUCAAA